AUGUCACUUUUAGGGGCUUUGGAUAAAGAUCCGCCUCCUGGGAUCGUAUGCUAUCCAAUAGACGACGACAUGACCAAACUUGAAUCAUACAUGAAAGGACCUCCUGAUUCUCCAUAUGAAAAAGGACUUUUUCAACUCGAGAUUCGAAUUCCUCAACAAUACCCGUUUGAGCCACCCCAGAUACGCUUCAAAACACCCGUUUACCAUCCCAAUAUUGACGAUGGAGGCCGCAUAUGUAUAGAUAUUUUGAAGGGAGGCGAGAAGGGUGCGUGGAAGCCGUCGAUGAACAUAGCCACGACCCUUAUUUCGUUGAACCAACUGUUGGCGUGUCCCAACCCAGAUGAUCCUUUGGACGCGGAAAUCGCCAAAGAAUACCAGCUGGAUCAUGAACGAUUUCUUCGGAACGCCAGAGCAUUAACUUUGAAAUAUGCAACAGGCCAGCAUCAUGUAAGUUAUUGGAAGAGAAAUAUGUAUUUUUACGCAGACCACUGA